GCCGCGGACGUGGAAAGCGGCCAAGGCGACGCUCCCACAACCAAGGCCAGCCACGGCUUGCCAGAGCGACAGCCGUUGGAGGAAGAAGCGAGCUGCGAUAUCUCUGCCGGCGUUCUGGGCCCCACUCUCCGCCUAGACGAGGCCGUCCUUGAGCAGAAGCCGGUGACGGAGACGGGCAGCCAGGUCGAGGUCUCGAUGCAGGCGCAGGCUUCGCAGACGCAGAUGACGCUGAAGGAUUCCACGACCCAAACGACUCCGACGGCAGAGGCGGCCUCGGCCUCCAGCUCCAUCCUUCCGGCCGAGGGCCGAAGCGGCAGCGGCCAAGAGCUCGCAGACGCGCCGCCCUCGCCCUCGCCGCCCUCGCCUUUCCCGAGUGAGCCACGGAGUGAGCUUAGCCGUCAUGGAGACCCUUUAACAGAGGCUGUUGCGCUCGAAGUCACCGAGACGGCUCCAGGAGCCUGUGCCGGCGGGGCCGGCGGGGCUGGUGGGGCUGGCGGGCACGGAGCUUCCCCAGCUCCGAGCUCAGAGCCUGGGGAGCUGAGGGAGGCUCCCGCCGCUGCCGCUGCCGCCUUCGUCCCCGUCCCCGGCUUCCGGAAGACCAUGGACGCUGCGCAUGAGCGACUCCGGCGCUUCUCCCAGAACAGCUCGGGAUCCGAGGCCCUGCAGGCCCCGCAGGUCGAGCGGGCCGAGGCCGAGCGGGCCGAGCAGGCCGAGGCCGAAGACCGAGGCCGCCGAGGUGUCGGCGAAGGCGGCGAAGGCGAAGGCGAAGACGCAGAGAACGGCAGUGACUCCGGCACGGACUGUGAGGUUCCCUUGCAAAGCAGUGCCGGAGCUGGACGGAGGCUUAGUGUACCCAAGGUGCCAAGCAGCCUCGAAAGGAGCCUCCAUGUUCCCUCGAAGUCGAGACGCCGCAGGCACCGCCGUGCUUCUAUGCGGCUCCUGAGGGCCAUGGAGGAGUCAGGGCGGCCAGCAGGCCAGGCGCUGACCAUGUCGAACAUCUCCGACAUCUUGCGAUCCAGGUCCGAGCGGGAGCUUGUCGGCCGGUCCUCCGCUGAUUUCGGAGCCUCCGCCUCCAGCGCUUCCGACUCCGGAAGUUCCUCGUCGCUGGAGGUGGCGGAGAAGAGUGCGCAGAGCAGCCUCAACUGGCCGCGCUGGAAGGAGCUUCCCGUGGAGAUUCUGGAGUGGCUGAAAGUGAACCUGAUGCAGUCGGAAGAAGCCGGAGUCCACGGAGGAGUCUACGAGGUGACGCCUCUGGAGUCGUGGCCGGAGAUCUCGGAGGAAGCGAGGCUGCGCCUCGUCUUGGACUUCGAGGAGUUCCUGGGGCCGAAGGGCCUGUGCCGAGCGAAGUUGUCCAAAUACGAGCUCUCCCAGAGGCUCAGGGAACGGCUCCACCACAGCGAACCACCCGGAAGGCGGCGCCCUCAAGGAGCUGAAGCUCCUCUUUACGAGUUCCCACUGAACGCGGAGCCAGUGCAGAUUUCGGCGCGGCUGCGGCAAGCCAUGGCUUCCCAGUGGAGUCAAGCUUCACGAGAUCGAGAGGGCCAGGGGACAGCUCGUGAUGCUCAGAGUUGGCGAGAGGACGGCAGCUGGAAGAGGGCACCUUACCGUGACACGGAGCCGAGCUUCUUUGCACGGGGCGGGCGAAGAGAAAGCCGGAGAAGGGGUUGGGGCCAGGACGCUGUGAUCUUCCAGGCCUCCAGGUCGCCCGCGCCGCGUCUUCAUGUGGGACUGUCACCGACUCGGCGCUUUUCGAGGUCCCCCAACGCGCCCGGCCUCUCUCCUCGUUCCCGGAACUCCGAUGCUUCCGGGUCUCCCGGGUCUCCCGGCCGCCGCGGCGCGGCUGUGGUCCGGCGGAGAAAGUCCCCGAUCGAGCCGCCGGGCUCGGAGCUCGCACAAGCCUUGGCCACAGCUCUGGAAGGCUCUCACAGGCGGCAGCAGCGAUGGGCUUGGCAGCAGCUGGGUGGAAGCUGUUCAGAAGGAGCCCAAGGGCAAGGUGAAAGCUCGAGUCCCUCACCCCGAGAAGGAGGCCGCUUUCGGAGAGACGCUCGCCCGGAGCGACUGGCGCCGGACUUCCAGCGUCUUGGCCCAGUGGGCCCACGGAGCCUGGAGAGACUGGAGUCCACGUGGCAAGGUUUUAGCGAUCGCAGCUGGCUGCGCCCAGCAGCACAGGGACGUCCUCAUGGGCCAGACCUCCAUGGAGCGACGAAUGGUCUUGUGCCUGCACCGCCGCCGCGUCCAAUGGCCAAGCUGCCAAGGCGACCUGAUUUCCAGAAGCGGCCCUUAGGGCCCGGACCACCCGAGAAGUUCGACCGAGAGAAAUGGCAGGCACGCCACAGCGGCCUUGAGAACUACAUCGGCUGUGUGGCCUGGAACUAUCGGGACAUUCAGGUGCCAAUGCUCAAGUCGGACUUUGCGGCCCAGAUGCGAGAUGAUCAGGCGCGUAACGACGCCGAUGCCCGCGUUGCUGCCUGGCAGCGGCACUUCAGGCUCUCAGAUCUGAGCACCGCUCGGACUACCCGAAACGACGGGAAAGCCGGCCCGCGUCUUCCAAGCCUGGCGAGGGAACGGCGGGAUCGAUCCUUGGAAAGGCACGCUGUCCCCAGCGAGGAGCUCCAAGAGAAGGGUUGGACCGCUCGGUAA